CUCUGCCCAACUCCUCCUACAGACUACCUUCCCAACUUAUCUAAUGUAAAACGGCAAAAUCCAAUUCAACAGAUAUUAUCAAGAAAAAGGCUGCUGUUUUUCUCACAAUUUCUAACCUUUCUUUCGAAAUCUCGCAGAGUUGAAUCGCUAUGGCCAUCAAAAUUCCAGCCUUAGGAUCAAUGUACAUUGAGUCAUGCAGGAAGCAUGGUGUCGCACCAAGCUCUGGAUUUUUAUCUGCUCUCUUUAAGGCUGAGGUUAAAAAAUCCUGUCAUGAGGUAUGUAUCCUGGAGAUUUUAUUGGACAAUGUGAAGGAUAUUGAUUUUCAUUCACUUCUUGAAGUGUCUAUGAAAAUCAGUGAAUCUGAGAUUGAAGCAGUUGAUGUGCUUAAUGAAUCAUCUUGUGCAUUGACUGGAGAGUAUGCUUUGUUACUGAUGCGAUCUAUUGGUCAAAAACUUCGAAUAGUUGAUCUCCAGGAUUUGUCAUUUGGGAAGGACUUCUUGCGGGACCUUUCUCAAGGAGGUCUACAAUGUCAAGUUCUGAACUUGAGGUCUUCACAUUUCCGGAAGCUCAACUUGGUGGGGGAGUUCAUGUGGUUGCACACCCUUAACCUUGACUAUAGCACAACACUCACUAGUUUCCGGGAGGAUUGUUUUUCUUGCACGCCCAAUCUAAUGUGUCUCUCGAUGUGUGAGACCAGAAUUGCCAACUUAUGGACUACUAUUGCGGCACUUUCCAAACUCCGUUCUUUGGUUGAACUUAGGUUUCAAAAUUGGUUAUGCUGCAAUGAUGUUGGAUCUUCUGGAUCAUGCGGUGGAGAUGACCAAACUGGACCCAGUCAACCAAGAAGUGCUUGUUACCAUGUAACAUCGUCUGUUAAUCUUGGCUUACUUAUAGAACUUAACUCCAUCACUCAACAGGCAACGAGAACUUUUCUUCCAGAAGCAUUCAGUAUGAAUCAUAAUUUUCAAAGCUCAAAUGAGGAGUCAUCGGAUGAUAGUGAAGUAGAUUUUUCUAUUCACCUAGAGGAUAGUUACAUGGACUCAUCAUCAAAUUCACCUCCUGGGUGGAACAGAGAGAUCAAUCUACCGAGUGAGGUUUCCUCUGCUACAUUGUCAAAUCAAAAUGGAGAUGAGUCUUGUGAAGGUGCCUUCGCAAGGCAUGUUGCAGAUGGUUCAUUCAAGUACAUUUCCCAACAUGCUUCUCCAAUAUGCUUUGAGAAACAUUAUAGGGAGUACAUGAUAUCUUCAAUACCCCAGUUGAGAGUUUUGGAUAACUUACCUAUCAGAAAUGUUGACAGGGAAAUGGCUAAUGUGACUUUUUUAAAACAUUUUGAGUACCUACCUUAUAGAAGGUAUUAUAAAGAAAGUGUUGUUAGUAUCUUGCAGAAGCGUGAAAUUAGAGAACGCCACACUAGCUUGCGGACACCGAAGCAAAGGCCGUUGGAUCUUGCUGGAAAUUCACAGUAUUUUUAUACCAGAUCUCUUUGUGCUGCCAAAAUGGGAUCUGCACCUUGGCCAUUUCUGCAUUCAGUUUCUAUCUCAGGCAGUGAUUUGGGAGAUGAAAGAAGGAGCUUUCGUCCAAGGCAGUUUGAGUAUCAUCCAUCUAAUUCCAGCCUGAUGGUCUUUGGAACUUUAGAUGGUGAAGUAGUUGUUGUCAACCAUGAAAACGAGAAAAUUGUUAGUUACAUCCCUUCACUUGGGGCAAUGAAUAGUGUGUUGGGGCUCUGUUGGCUCAAGAAGUAUCCUUCUAAGCUCAUAGCUGGUUCAGAUAAUGGCUCACUGAAGCUGUAUGAUAUCCAGCAUUGUGCAUCUACUUGCAAGCGCAUCCAUACUGGCAUUGGUUCUGUCACCUUUGAUGAGUUUGACCAAUUAACAUCUGUUCAUGUUAACUCUACGGAUGAACUCUUUCUCGCAAGUGGGUAUUCAAAAAAUGUUGCUCUGUAUGAUAUCAACAGUGGAAGACGCUUACAAGUGUUCACGGAUAUGCAUCAAGAACAUAUUAAUGUAGUCAAGUUUUCAAACCAUUCCCCAUCAAUUUUUGCAACUUCAUCAUUUGAUCAGGAUAUUAAAAUGUGGGACUUGAGACAGAAGCCAAUAAGGCCUUGCUAUACUGCUUCAAGUUCUAAAGGAAAUGUGAUGGUCUGCUUCUCUCCAGAUGAUCACUAUAUUCUUGCCUCAGCUGUUGACAAUGAGGUUAGACAGCUUCUGGCUGCUGAUGGAAGGCUUCACCUGAAUUUUCAGAUACCUUCUACUGGAAGCUCACAAAAUUACACUCGUUCCUACUACAUGAACGGUAAGGACUAUAUUAUAAGUGGAAGCUGUGAUGAACAAGUUGUCCGUGUUUGCUGUGCUCAAACUGGAAGGCGUCUCAGGGAUAUUUCUUUGGAGGGAAAAGCCUCAGGGAGUUCAAUGUUUGUGCAAUCACUGAGGGGGGAUCCCUUUAGGGCUUUCAACAUGAGCAUCUUAGCUGCCUAUACACGACCAAGCUCGAGGUCUGAAAUUGUCAAGGUCAAUUUGCUGGCUUCUUCCGACUGUAGCAAGGAAUCUUGUCCUGGUCAGAACUCUUGCCCAUCCAAUAGUAUGGGAGGUUAAUUUAUGUACAUACGAAAAGCUGCAUUCUCUCCCUUUUCCUUAUGCUGUUAUUCUAUUGGGUGAGAAAACACAGUUCAUAUAGGUUAGCACCUUUAGUUUAUCUGAAAUAUUUAAUGUAAUCAUUGUGAAAUAUAAAAUGAACUAGACCUGUUCUCUGUUACUGUGGUGAUAACAGUAGCUCGGUAACAUUUGAGGCAACGUAAUGGGCAUGGCCUACUUUAGUUGGUUGUUGUACUGGGCUCCUUUAAGUGUAGGAUUUUUUGAAUA